ACCGCUGAGUAAUGAGGCUAAGGAGCUUUGGGGUGUGAAGUAAGGUGCAAAAUUUGAGCUCAACAAAGUUUAUAAUGGCGCAGAGAAGGGGGUUCUUUGUUUUCAUGGUGACCAUGACUUGGAUGAUUGGUGAUGGGUUUAGCGAUUUUGGGGAUUGGCUGAGUGGCCAUGCUACGUUUUAUGGUGGAAGCGAUGCCUCAGGCACAAUGGGUGGAGCAUGUGGCUAUGGAAACCUUUAUAGCCAAGGCUAUGGCACCAACACUGCAGCAUUGAGCACAGCUUUGUUCAACGAUGGCUUGAGCUGCGGAGCAUGUUAUGAGCUGAAGUGUGUAAAUGAUCCAAAGUGGUGUCUCACAGCCACAAUUGUGGUCACGGCCAGCAAUUUUUGCCCCCCAAACUAUGCCCUACCAAAUGACAAUGGUGGGUGGUGUAACCCACCCUUGCAGCACUUUGACCUCGCCGAGCCCGCCUUCCUGCAAAUGGCUAAGUACCGAGCCGGGAUUGUGCCCGUGGCUUUUCGAAGAGUGCCAUGUUUGAGAAAAGGAGGAAUUCGGUUCACCAUCAAUGGUUUCUCCUACUUUAACUUGGUGUUGAUCACAAAUGUGGGUGGUGCUGGUGAUGUGCAUGCAGUCUCAAUCAAGGGCUCAAGAGGAGGGUGGCAAACAAUGUCUAGGAAUUGGGGCCAAAAUUGGCAGAGCAACUCCUUCCUAAAUGGCCAAAGCUUAUCAUUCCAAGUCACCACAAGUGAUGGAAAGACAGUUAUUAGCUACAAUGUUGCCCCUUCUAAUUGGCAUUUUGGACAGUCCUUUGUUGGGGUCCAAUUUUGAAUAUAAUCAUCCAUCUCUCUCUCUCUAUCCACAUACAUGUAUUGAAUGUAGUAAGGCAUUCUAGCAUAUCACUUAUCUCUUUUUCUCUCUGGUGCUUGAUUUUUCUUCCUGUCCUUCUCACAUGAACAUACAUUUUGAGGGCAUCUCAAUCGAUGAUCUAGUGAGAAAGUUAUGACCAAAAUACUAGAUGUGUGUAAAAUACCUGAGAUCUUCAUCAA